CUUCUAACUCAGGGAAGUGGGGUAUAAGAAGUGUGGCCAGGCCAUGCUGUGUUACGCUCCUGCUGUGCUUCAGUACCGGAAGGGACGUGUACAGAAUUCAAGAAAAUGGGUCCUUUGGUGUUUUGGUUGCUGCUCGCAUCGGGAGCAUUCCCUGAGCUGGAGUGCGCCGACGGAUCCAGUAACGCGAUGCCACCUCCCACGGAACCCACCAUCCAGGAACGCGAGGUCUUCUCAGAGCAGCGAAGGAUCUUGCUUCAGCCCAUCUCCGUGGAAGAGUUCGCUUCAGAAACCUCACGUGUAGGCCCUACAGAAGGUAUCUGCAUGAAAAGGGUGAAGUGCGAUGACGAGAGCUCUUCAGACGAAGUGCCUCGAAGGGACAAACACCAGGAUGUGCCGAAAACUCUGGAAGCAAAGGCAACCGCAAAAACUUCCACGACUAGCUCACUAUGGUCAACGAGACCUCCGCUGACGUGCUCCAUUCCAGUUCAAACGAUGUACACCUACCGGGGCCACUGCGUGCGGCUGAGCCGGAACUUGGGAGGCUGUCGGUCUGGAAGCAUGAUGUCGCCGAUGCAGCCGCCGUGCCACCCUCCCCCUCAAAUCUAGCGCACGCUGUCACGUCUCACCACGUCGCUCGCCAGUCAGUUGUCUUAUUAAGUCUACUCUCCAGCAUUGUAAACUACUCAAUAACGGUUCUAAAUAUA